AUGACUAUAACCUCACCAUUCGCAAUAACUCCCUCCUCCUCGUCUGCCAAUCCCUACAACCUUCCUCCGCUCAAGGACCGACUAGUCGAAACCUUCAACACCUAUUUCAAAUUCGGAUACACCACCUUCGGAGGACCAUCGGCUCAUAUCGCCAUUCUCUAUGAUGAGAUUGUUGCCAAACGCCAAUGGCUCUCCAGUGAGCAGUUCACAGAGCUCUUUGCUAUCUGUCAGGCGCUUCCUGGCCCGGCCAGUACAGAACUUGCAUUCAGUCUGUCGCUCGUCCGAUCUGGUUUCUUGUGUUCAGUUGUCUCCUUUCUUCUUUGGAGCAUUCCCGGCGCAAUUGUGAUGACAGUGUCUGGUAUUCUGAUCGGCAGUAUCAAGGACGAAAUUCCUCUCUGGGCGACACGUCUCGAGCAAGGUUUGGCCACUGCAGCCAUUGGCCUUGUUGCCUUGGCUGCCUACAGAAUGUCGACUGCCUUGGCAACCGACAAAUUGACCAGGAUUUUGGCGCUUGUGGCCGGAAGUGUUUCGGCCCUGUACACGGCACCAUGGCUCCUUCCCGUCAUGAUGAUCGCUGGAGGUAUUGUCAGUUACAUCUAUGAUGGCUUCUGGACACCGUUCUUAAACAAUUGUAAGGAAAAGAGGAAAGAACACCAAGAGAGCAAGGAAGAGCUGCAAGGAAAUGAUUUGGAGAAGGGAAAUGCAGCAAAGGAAUCAGAAUCGUCUCAGGAAGAAUCAGCUGCUACGGAAGGAGAACAGGGCGGGGCAAGCGCUGAGAAGCGUUUGAGUACUGAGGGGUCGAUUCGAAACCGAGGCAGUAAGGCUGAGAUUGUUAUCCCUGAGGAGCCCAUGGAUGAUAUCAAGAUGGACAGCACAACGCGAAAGGCAUUCUCAUACUCCAAGAAAUUGGGGUUCGUCUUCUUCUUGGUGUUCCUCGCUCUUUUGAUCGCGGCAGUUCUCGUCCGAGCUCUCAUCUCUGUCCCCCCGAGAGCAGAAUACGCUUACAUCGUCUCAACUUUUUACUUUGUUGGAUCCAUUAUCUUUGGCGGCGGACCUGUGAUUAUCCCCCUUCUCAAGACCUACACCGUUGACUCUGGCUGGAUGACGGAUCAACAGUUCCUGGUCGGUCUGGCCCUGAUCCAGUCCCUUCCUGGGCCCAACUUCAACUUUGCGUGCUUUCUUGGUGCGGUCGCAAUGGUUAACGCAGGCAAGAACGGUGUUGCAGGUGCGAUUCUUUGUUACCUGGCCAUCUUCUUCCCAGGUCUUAUCCUCAAAAACGCGAUCAUCCCAUUCUGGCAGUUUGUUCGUGAGCACAAGUCCGUGAAGAUGGUGUUCCGGGGUGUGAAUGCUUGUGCGCUGGGCUUGGUCUUUUCGGCAACCUGGUUGCUAUGGAUACAGACAAAUUCGAUGGGCGGGAGCAGUGGAUACCAUGCUGUGAUUGCAAGCGUGGCAUUCGUGGCAGCUGGGUAUUUAGAUAUUCCUGCACCGCUCGUCAUUAUCAUCGGCGGCGGUAUGGGCGCCAUAGAAUACGCUGUUAGCGACAGGUAA